AACUCAUUUGCUCCACGACAUUGUGCGGUUGAGUGGAUGGAGCAGGAGGAUGUCAGCAGAAUAGAACAGCCGUCUUUUCUAUUAUUAUAAACUAAAUAUUAUUUUUCCUCAUCAAAACCCUUCCUGUUAAAAUAGUACAAAGUGACAAAGAGACUCUUCUCCCCGAUUUAAACGGCGCUUGAGUUUAAUUAGAAGAUGAAGGCUACUACUCCGGUUCGCUCCCAGAAGGAUUCCUCCAGCUGCAACGAAUUCUCCUUGCGUUAUUUAUCAGAGCACAGCGUGAGCAUCGCCCGAUGCAAAAUGGAAGAGGAAGAUCUUUUCUGUCUGCAGUACGACAUGAACGACUGCUACAGUCGCCUGAAGCGGCUGGUACCUACCAUUCCGCAAAAUAAGAAAGUCAGCAAAGUGGAGAUUCUCCAGCAUGUCAUUGACUAUAUCCUGGACCUUCAGCUCGCUUUGGAAACGCAGCCAGUUCUCUUGAAACAACAACACGGGAUAUGUCCACCAGCCUCUACCCGGACACCGCUGUCUGUUCUCAACACGGAUCCGAGGUCGUCAGUUGUCAAUAAGCAAGAAGAUUCGAUUUUGUGCCGCUGAGUCGUAAAGUGUACCGGAUUGGUGUGCAGAGAGCCCAUCCAAAGCCAAGCUUCGGCAGGGAAUCCAAAGCACACCAGGCCCAACGUGGGAUUGCAAAGCAGUACUGAACUAAUGGCUACUAAACCAUAACAUCUAAACAUUUCAGUGUUAACUGUCAGUGAUGGCUGAGUCAGCCAUCAUUCUUCUCAGUUCAGUUUGCUGAAAGGCUGAAUAAUUUGGACAAACAAUCUCUCUCUCUGUUUAUUUUUAUCUCUCCCUCCUUCCCUUCCUCCCUCCUGAUAGUAUGAUUUGUCACUUGAUUGUCCCUAAAGUCACACCAGGAUAAAAGCUGUCUAAUUUUUACUAAGAAAUGUCAGACUGUAAAGCUUUACAAAUAACAAUGAAAGUUAAAACAUUCUGACAUCUAUUGUUAAAAAUAGAUGAUUUGUGUUCAACAGGGAUUUCUCUGAAAUUCAAUUGUUUAAUAUUGUAAAGAAGGAAAAUAUGUGUUGACAAAUAAUACUGUAUAUAAAGAAAAAAUAGGAUGUUCUAUAAAUGUAUGUGGGAAAAAUAUCUAUAUGCUCAAACUAUUGUAAUUAUAAGAUAUUUUUUAUUGAAAAGUUUUGUUUUGUAAAUAUUGUGCUUUCGCAUAAGUGUAGUGAAUAAAUACAUGAUUGUUCUGCUAAUAAAGUUCUCACGUCAUAAA